AUGAUCAAUUCAACGAUCCUGGUCGGCACCGAAACGUGGCAAACGCAGGCGGCGAUCGAUAUCACGACCCCACAAUCAGAAAAAAAAACUACACGUGACCGAUCAUGUUUGAUUUUCCGGAAGUUUCUCAAUCGAGUCUUAGUGAAGAGUGCAAGAAAAGAGAAUUUGGAUGGACUCUACACUGUUUUCAAUUCCAUACAAGCAAUUCCAUACUAUCUCAUGAAUUUAUCACAAAAUAUGUCAAAUACAAAGACAAGCUCAAUGUACGGUAACCCAUCUGUAUGUCCACAAUUGCAUAGAACAGUAAAUGUCGAAGAAAAAAUUAAAUUUACAUCUAGUGAAGUGCAUACAGUGACAAAUAUCGGAUAG